AUGUCUUCAAACCUCUGUGCACAAUGUAGAGAAGCGCUUUCCUCCGAUCCAAAACCUCUGCAUCGUGACUCCACCAUCGCCUGUACUCCCUUCCACGAGGCGCCGUGGAAAGCCUUCAAGACCGGUGUAGCCUCAUCUGGAGAUAUAACCGAGUCCGUGAAGGAUUGCGAAUUCUGCUCCUUUGUUGUCGCGUUUGCAGCGGCGGACCAAGCCCUUGGCAAAUAUGGCAAUGGAUCCUUUGUGGAUUCAGUCAGCAAAACGUCUUGGAGAACACAUGGCGAACCGGUGCUAGCACUAUGGCAGUAUAAUGAGUAUACAUAUGAAGGUCAUCUAUCAGCAGAUCUCGGUCUCAGCAGGAGUAAUUUUCGCCACAUGGACAGGCGUGAUAUACGACUCUUUGGAACUGAAGACCCUCGUGUGAAAUCCCAGAGGCCAAUUGAAAAGACGUCAACAAGUACAUCCAGUGAGACUAGUUUUGAAUGCUUGUCUGAAUGGAUAAAGAAUUGUUCGGAGAACCACAAGUCCUGCAACAAGCUACAUGCCCGCACUGGUGAGAACAAGGACUGGCUUCCAGCUCGGCUGGUCAAGAUCAUCCCAGAUGUAGAUGGUGUGCCUGGGAUGAUCAAAGUGGUAGAAACGGGCGAAAACGAUGAGAUUGCUCCCAGCAUAGAAUAUGCUACGUUGAGCUACUGCUGGGGAAGGGAACCAUUCACGAAACUACUCAGAUCUAAUAUCGAGAAGAUGACGACCACUGGGAUGCCGAUAAAUGAGCUACCAGCAACAUUUCGUGAUGCAAUCACUGUCACAAAUAGUCUCGGCAUGGAGUACAUCUGGAUAGAUGCCCUUUGCAUCAUUCAGCUUGACGCGGAAGACUGGGGCCUACACUCCGUGACAAUGGCCAAAGUCUACUCAUAUUCAGCAAUCACGCUUGCAGCAGCAGCGUCAUCAAAUGCACAGGGAGGACUCUUUCGCGAACGCAACCCCGCAGGCAUCAAUGGUGUCAAAUUGGACUUAAAAUGGCCCUCGCACGACUUUGAAGGAGAAUUCUAUCUGGUACCAAUAGAUCCCUGGGACAAAGCAGUCGGAAACUCACCGCUGCUGAAACGUGCAUGGGUGUUCCAAGAACGACUUCUGUCACGAGGGACCGUCUACUUUGCUCACGAUAUGCUCUACUGGGAAUGCGGCGAGCUAUAUGCUUCAGAGCUUUAUCCUCAAGGAGGCCCUUGGGAUCUGCAAUACCGAUACAAGAGAUUCGACAUAUCUGAUAGGCUUCCCUCUGGCGUGCAGUCGGUAGAGGAUUGCAGGUUUAAGCAUGUAUACACGGAACUUCUCGCUCGAGAGCUGAACGCAGAGAAAGAAGUCACGGAUGAAGAGAUGUUCCUGUACGUAUGGGCUUCAGUGGUGGCUCAGUACAGCGUCGGCAAACUGACCAAAGAGACUGACAAGCUCAUUGCUAUUGAUGGCGUGGCUGAGCAGUUGACAAGUAUUGUACCGAGAGAGCAGUAUCUCAACGGACUCUGGAGACAGGACAGUCUCCCACUUUCUCUACUAUGGAGCACCAUAGAGGAAGAGAAGCCCCCUAGCAUCCGCGUCGCGCCGAGUUGGUCCUGGGCAUCUGUCUACACGCCCGUUGACUUUAACUUCUUAUUCCGAGCACAGACCGAGCCCAAGGUGGUCACAAAGGUCGUCGAUAUCGUCACCCGCGACGAUAAGCCAGAAAUCGUCGAAAUGUCGCGUCCAGCGGCACUGGUUCUUCGAGGGCCUCUCACAGAAGUACGCUUUCGCUCUGCUACACGCAGUGGACUAGGACCCUUACACUCAAACUGGUGGAUGAGUCACAAGGCAAUGAGAGAUCGCAUCGAGUUCUGGAAUCCAAUUGACUUGACGCCUAUGCUUGUAUUCAUUGGUAAAGGCUUGAAAGCAGAUUAUCCUUGUGAUAUCUUGCUGGAUAGGGCGGUGCCAAAGAAGAGUCGAAUCUUUGCGCUCAAGAUUGCGGAAGCUGAUAUUAGACAUCCUUGGCAGGAGAGAUUGCCAUCUCAGUGCGGAUUAUUGUUGAUCGCUGAUGGAGCGAGAGGGACCUUUAGGAGGAUUUGGAUGUUUGAGAUUGCAGCUGAGAAAAUGAACAGGGAUUGGGCAGACUGGAAAACACCAUUCACAUCAAUAUCGAAGUUGAGGGACGAGAUAUGGAGUGAUCCAGGUAUAGAGAAGAGGUUUUAUCUGGAGAAGGAUGACAAAGAAGGAUAUACUAUUAAGAUAGUCUAA